AUGUCCGAUGUAGCCUGGUUUGACUUUUCGGACUUAUGCAACAAGGCUCUCGGGGCAGCAGACUACCUCGCCAUCGGGCGCGCUUUCCAUACAGUGUUCUUGGCAAACAUCCCGAGACUCACCAUGCAAGAGCGCGAUCAAGUGCGACGCUUCAUCACCCUCAUCGACUCUCUUUAUGAGUGUCAUACCAAAGUGGUCUGCACAGCAGAGCUCGAUCCGAUCCCUUUGUUCUACGUCUCUGAGGAGGAGCGAAACAUGUCAAUUGCAGAUGAGAUUUUCGCCUGGGAUCGGACCGCCAGUCGCCUUAUGGAGAUGCGCUCUUCGGGAUACAUCCGAUGA